AUGUUAAGAUAUCUUUGUGAAAGAGGUCUCGCAUUAAGAGGUGAUAAUGAAAAUGUCGGUAAUCAACAAAAUGGAAAUUUUUUAGCUACUCUUGAGUACUUAUCGAAAUUUGACCCAUUUAUAGCUAAACACUUAAAUGAAAAAUCAAAUAAAGGUGGAGAAGUGCAUGAACGGUUCAUAUGCUUUGAACCUGCCGUUGGUCAUUCUGGAAAAAAUAUUGCUCAAGCCAUUUUGAAAAAACUUGAAGAAUUUGAUUUGAAUAUUUUGGAUGCAAGGGGUCAAUCUUAUGACAACGCUUCAAAUAUGUCUGGGAAGUUUGAAGGAGUACAAGCGCAUUUGAAGAAAUCUAACAAGUAUAUGGAUUUUAUUCCAUGUACUGCACAUUCCUUAAAUUUAGUUGGAAACAAUGCACUUGAAAAUUGUUCAGCUUCUACAUAUCGCUGGGAAACAGUUUGUGGCGAUUUAAAAAGUAUUGAUGGGAGAACUGUAGCUUUGAAGAGUCUAAGUGAAACACGAUGGUCAGCUAGAGCACAUUCUACAAAAGUACUUUGUGAAAAUUAUGAUACUAUAUUAAGUCGCUUAAAAUAUUUAAGUGAAAAUAUGGAAGUAAAUAAAGAUACACGAAACGAAGCACAAAAUAUUAUCAAAAAAAUGACAUCACUUGAUAUUGCUUUCAUGACAGUACUAUGGAACAGAGUUUUAGAAAGAUUUGAUUAA